UUUGACUUCGGUCUGGGUCUAAGACCCUAGACCAUCAUCACAUCUCUACCUCUGAGUAAAGAUCAGUAGCCUGUGACCCAUUUUGACCUUUUUCCAUUCUACACGUCAACUUGAAUUCUGUCUCUUGUAGCCUCUAUGUCCCUGGCUUCUCUUAGAGAGAGGUAGAGGAAAGUGGAAGCACUCUAUGAAUAACAGACAUCCAUCUUGCUUGGACUAAGCAUCUACAACAUUGAGAAACUGGGCAAUGGACAGGAAAUGAAAGCAAACAUCUAUUCUCUGGCAGGACUCACAUUUCAGAGAUUUCUUUUGGUGCUGAUUCCUCUUCUCUCCUGAAUUGUCUCCUGAUGAUGUAUGCUCCAUGGAGCGGGUCAAUGAGACUGUGGUGAGAGAGUUCAUCUUCCUCGGCUUCUCAUCCCUGGCCAGGCUGCAGCAGCUGCUCUUUGUUAUCUUCCUGCUCCUCUACGUGUUCACUCUGGGCACCAAUGCAAUCAUCAUUUCCACCAUUGUGCUGGACAGGGCCCUUCAUAUCCCCAUGUACUUCUUCCUUGCCAUCCUUUCCUGCUCUGAGAUUUGCUACACCUUCGUCAUUGUACCCAAGAUGCUGGUUGACCUGCUGGCCCAGAAGAAGACCAUUUCUUUCCUGGGCUGUGCCAUCCAAAUGUUUUCCUUCCUCUUCCUUGGCUGUUCUCACUCCUUCCUGCUGGCAGUCAUGGGUUAUGAUCGUUACGUGGCCAUCUGUAAUCCACUGCGCUACUCAGUGCUCAUGGGACAUGGGAUGUGUGUGGGACUAGUGGCUGCUGCCUGUGCCUGUGGCUUCACUGUUGCACAGAUCAUCACAUCCUUGGUAUUUCACCUGCCGUUUUAUUCCUCCAAUCAACUACAUCACUUCUUCUGUGACAUCUCUCCUGUCCUCAAGCUGGCAUCUCACCAUAACCACUUUAGUCAGAUUGUCAUCUUCAUGCUCUGUACAUUGGUCCUGGCUAUCCCCUUAUUGUUGAUCUUGGUGUCCUAUGUUCACAUCCUCUCUGUCAUACUUCAGUUUCCUUCCACGUUGGGUAGGUGCAAAGCUUUUUCCACCUGUGUAUCUCACCUCAUUAUUGUCACUAACCACUAUGGCUGUGCCUCCUUUAUCUACUUAAGGCCUCAGUUCAACUACUCCUCAAGCCAGGAUGCUCUAAUAUCAGUAUCCUACACUAUUAUAACUCCAUUGUUCAACCCAAUGAUUUAUAGCUUGAGAAAUAAAGAGUUCAAAUCAGCUCUUUAUAAAAUUGUGAGAAGAACAAUUUCCCUGUCGUGAAAUUAAUCUUGAUUCUGGCCAGGCGCGGUUUCUCACAACUGUAAUCCCAGCAUUUUGGAAGGCUGAGGCAGGUGGAUCAUCUGAGGUCAGGAGUUCAAGACCAGCCUGGCCAACAUAGUGAAAUCCUGUCUCUACCAAAAAAUACACAAAUUCACCGGAUGCCGUGGUGGGCUCCUGUAAUCUCACCUACUCAGGAGCCUGAGACAGGAGAACCGCUUGAACCCAGGAGGCAGAAGGUUGCAGUGAGAUUGUGUCACUGCACUCCAGCCUGGGUGACAGAGUAAGACUGUCUCAAAAAAAAAAAAAUCUUGAUUCUGCUCUUUCCAAACUGUAAAGCACAAGUUAUAAUACAAAUGAUCAAGCAAUUGCACAUUAUGUUCAGGAACAGAGAUCAUUUCCCUUCAUUUCCAAAUAUAAAAUUUAGAAAAAUACAACUGCUUGCCACACUCACAUGAAUUAUUGCCUAUUGAAGGUUUUUUUUUCAGUUGAGUGAAAAAUAACAGAUGGUUAUUAUAGGAAAGCAUAUAUAUGUUCAGAAUUUUAGGCUCUAGUAAAUACUGUCACCCAAUCUCAGCCAGGCUGAAAACUAACCCUGCAAAAUGUGGCACAACCCUAACUCUCUGUUCUAGGGACUCAGGAAGCUUCUAUCUCUGGGAUUUUUCUAGAUGUUUUCUGAACCUCAGUCUUCCAAAAUCAUCAGAUCACAAUUGUUAAAUUAGAUACUUGUUAAGUGCCAUUACAAUGUUUGAUGCAUAAGAUAUAUCCAAAUAAUGUUCAAGUUAGAAAAUUAUGAAAGGUUAUCCAUUUCCAUGCUUCUAGUGUAUUAACGAAAUAUGAUCAUUUCUAAUUUUGCAUGCAGUGGCACACAUCUAAAUUUGGUCAGCAUACCCUGAAGAUAUUCACAGGGGAAUGGAUUAAUGACAAGAUCUAAAAUCACCCAAAAUGACCAGACAAGGCAAGCUAAAGCUUAAGUCAAUUUCACUAAAUAUUCACCAACUCUAAAGCUUUGCCUAUGGAACAAUCAGUCUGUUCUCCAUGCAACUCAAGAGUUUGCAUGUACAUUCGAGACCAGAACUUGAAUUUGAUAUUUUCAUUCUCUGCUCUUUCUGCAGGAGUGAUAGCAAAAAGGAAGUUUCACAAUAUUGAUGAUUUCUCACAUUAUAACUCUUUUCAAGCUCCACCUGUCAAUACAAGUCUCCUGAUUGAUUUAUUUUGUUUCUAAGUUUUUUUCCUUUUCUUCCACCAGUCUCUUCAUCAAUGCCAUAUACCUUUUAGGGGUUGAAGCAGGAGGGAAGGAAGUGGAACGUUUUGUUCACAGGCCCUGUUUAUUGUAGGACGUCUGCCAAGAAUGUAAGUCAAUUGCAUUUCUUCCAUUUCUUUGAAGCUUGAAACUUGCUGCUGAUGGGGGUUGAAAAUCACAGAUAGAUGCAAAAUUAAUUUCAGUGGCCCCCAAGUUGUCUUUUCCUUGGUCAUAUUGCCCAUCCCAGGCCUCCAGUCUAUUCAGUUGAUUCAUGAAAAGUAAAUGAGUUAAGUUUAAUGUGUUAAUUAUUUAUAUCUGCAUCGUGUGCUACAGUUUAAAACUGUUACUUCAUCUAAACUUUAGAGCACCCCUGGGAAGUAUAUAUUAUAAUCGACAUUUUGUAGAUGAGAAAAAUGACACUCAAACAAAUAAAAUGACUUGCCUACUAAUAAG